AUGUUCUGGCAAACAAAACCGGUCGAAGAGAACUCAUUGGAGGUUUUGCUGAAGAAAGAGACGGUUGUUUUGACAGACGUGCUCGACGAUCCAUUUCUUCUGCAGGCCAUCCGAAUUGGCGAUAAAAAUCUCCUGGAUUAUUUAACGAGAGAAGAUGUUCUUCUUGAAGUGAUGAACAACGCUCUGAAACCGACCAUCGACGCGACGCUGCCCCUUGAGAAGCAAUAUCGGCAUUCUCUCAUAUGCAGUGAAAUUUUGUCGAUCUCAUCAGAUGAAAUUAUCGAGGCCGUUUUUAGCAGUGAAGUGGUACUCUCGGUGAUCACAGAUUUUAUGAAUGAUUCUUCACAAGUGAAUCACCUGAUUGCCUCCUUUUACAUGAAAAUCGUCACCCAAUUGUUGUCGCGGAAUCCGGAAAAGAUGCUCGAGGUGUUGGAGAGCGGGAAUUUCAUCAAUCGCGCCAUCGUUCACCUCCAUCUCUCAGCUAUUGCUGAGUUAAUUCUCCGAUUGAUCACUACAUCGUAUGAAGAAAGAAUCGGAAAUAAAAUUAAGCAAUGGUGUGUCGAGCAUGGACUGAUCGAGAAUUGUUUGGCCUUGUUGGAUCCAUCGUUUCCAUCACCUGUUCAUGACAAUGUAAACUACUUGUGGACCGAAUUGACGAGAACGUUGCGGGAAAAUCUCUACACACAAGACGUUCGACAAGAUCCGUUACUCGAGAGGAUGCAAUCAACGGAAAUUAUUGAGGAUCUCAUUGCAAAAGUCAUGAAUCUGGACUCAUGCGCUGGAAUGUGCUCGAGUGUGAUAAUCAAUGUGUGCAGCAUUCUCACAGUGCUUUUGGAGACGAAUUUUGUGCCAAAUUGUCCAAGUCAACAACUGGCGGAUGAAAAGAAUGGACGAUGGAGUGGUGGAAUUCCAGGGGAAGGCAACGCAUUUCCUGUUGAUGUGUGGCAACCCGAUGGGAAACGGGAAGUUGAAACAAUUACGGCUCGUCAUGUCGAGAAGUUUCUCAAAUUGGCAACGAUGGAUCUUGAGUCUGAAACAAGAAGCAAAGCCUGGUUCUCGUUGUUACAAGUGAUCGUCGAGCUGUGUAAUACGGCCCAUUUACCCACUCAUCAACUGCUAUUAGAAGGAUUUCGAAAAGGACAACUACAAAAGCUGUUCGCUCUCGCCGUUCAACAACCAACAAUCUCCGUGUUUCACAAACAACUGCACAAGAUCAUUGCCUACAUUUUUUUCACAUCGAGCACUGAAGUGACGCCGUUGUUGAGCUACAUUUUUAAGGAAUUGGACAUUAUCGGAGUGAUUGAGGCGUACAUCAAUCCGUCGUCAUUAAUAUUGUUACCGCUGGAAUUGAUCUGCAUUCGGGCGUUUCACGCAAAUCUUGCCGAUCUCAUCAUAAACGCGUCAAAGCAUGGACCAAACAAAAGUCAUGUCGCAGAGAUCAUAAAUGCUGAUGAUCGCUGGAAAAACAUUCACCAAGUAAUCACUACGUAUAAAGAGGUGAAUCGACCCCACUCUUGCGUUGACCCCGGAUCGUUGUCGAUUAGUUCUCGAUCCGAAAACCAGCUUAAAGAUGACGAGGAAUUCUUUGCGCCCGCUCAAUCAAUGUUGGCGCCUUUGGAGAUGAAAAUACCGGCAGCUAAAUUGCCAAAACACCUCUAUGAUGAUGUUUUCGGCUUCGGUGAGCCGCUAUCAAGUGAUUUGGGAGAGGAGGGCCAUUCUUCAUCCCAAGAACAAACAAUGAGUGACAACAAGAAGCCAGAUGAUGCGGCAACACCCGAAGAAGAGUCCAAUGCGCAAUUCGAGUCCAACAAUUCGAUGUGUUUUGACGAUUGGCCAAGCACUUGUGAGCCGCUUGCAAGCAGUGAGACAAAAACGACACAAAGUGACGCAGAUCCUUUUGCUGAUUGGCCUCAAACCGAGAGUGUUUCGUCGAAAAAAAAUGAAGUAAAAACAGCUCUAGAUGAGUGGCCUACAUCGUCAAACGCCGGCUCAGAAGGCGUCAAAAUGGAUCAAUUUCCGGUCGAUUGGAAUGGCACUGAAAAAUUGGGUUCCCCAGCGGCUGCUUCGUCAUCUAUCGAAAGUGCCUCAAUCUUUCCGCUUCAUUCGGAUCAAGCGCGUUUAACCGAAGAUGAAUGGGCAUUCUUCAGCAACACACGUGGCUCUAUGACAUCGACGAACAAUCAAGAAGAUUGGCCGGGAGAAGCAAUGGGCAAGCAGAAACCAUUGAACUCGUUGAUAGAUUUUCGGCCAGCACCGACUCUAAACGCCAGUUCCGAUUCGAAUUCUUCCGAAUGU